ACAUGCGCGAAUUGUGGAACUUCGACGACGCCCUUGUGGCGCAAAGAUGCCGAGGGCAGGAUCAUUUGCAACGCCUGCGGACUCUACUACAAGCUUCACAACAGCCAUCGGCCUGUCACGAUGAGAAUGGAUGCGAUCAAGCGGAGGGCGAGA